AUGAGUGCGUUGACGAGGUACAGUUUGAAGGACGUCGCGCCGAAAGAUGGGAAAAAUGGAGCCGACACGUGGAUCGUGAUCCACGAUAUGGUGUACGAUGUGACCAGAUACAAAGCUGAGCAUCCAGGUGGUCCCGAGCUGAUCGACGAAUACGCUGGCCAGGACGCAACCAUCCCGUUCGAUGAUUUCGGCCAUUCUUCAGAGGCGAUACGUAUGCUGAAGGAUUACCUCAUCGGUGAAUUGAUCCAGGAGGAUAAACGAGGAAAUCGAAAGAAGAAGGGUAGCGAUACCGUGAAAGAUAAAAAAAAAAGGUGGUUUCUUUCAAAAUUGUGCGGAAACUGUGCGUCAUGACGCAACGGAGCAAACCAAAC